CUUCAGAGCGAGGCUUGGCACGCAGAAAGUGCCUUUGCGUUUCCACCUCUGUCUUUCCUGCUGAUUUUUGCUGUCUGCCUGUCAUGAGUGCCCUCGAUCCGGCCUGUGGGCCCUCCCGGUGCCCUCUGCUCUACCUGCUUGUGCUGCUGCUCCAGCUCGGCCUUUCCCGGAGUCUGUAUUUCCAUAUUGGGGAGACGGAGAAGCGCUGUUUCAUUGAGGAGAUCCCAGAUGAGACCAUGGUGAUAGGAAACUACAAGACACAACUCUGGGAUAAGCAGUCUGAAACCUACCUGCCAUCUACCCCAGGUUUAGGCAUGCAUGUAGAAGUAAAGGACCCUGAUGGGAAGCCCGUCCUCUCCAGACAAUAUGGAUCAGAAGGAAGAUUCAUCUUUACCUCUCACACACCAGGAGAGCACCAGAUCUGCCUUCACUCCAAUUCCACUAGAAUGACUCUUUUUGCUGGAGGAAAACUGAGGGUCCAUUUAGAUAUCCAAAUUGGAGAGCACGCAAACAACUACCCAGAGAUAGCUGCAAAGGACAAACUGACAGAGCUGCAGCUCCGAGUUAGACAACUUCUUGAUCAAGUGGAGCAAAUACAAAAGGAGCAGAACUACCAAAGGUACCGUGAGGAAAGAUUCCGUCUGACCAGCGAGAGUACAAACCAGCGCGUACUGUGGUGGUCCGUUGCCCAGACUCUUAUACUUAUCCUUACUGGCAUCUGGCAAAUGAGACAUCUCAAGAGCUUCUUCGAGGCCAAAAAACUGGUGUGAAGAUUCUACAUGCAUAUACCCAGUCUGCCUCCAUAGAUUUAAUUAUUGAUCUUUCCCAAACUCCACUCUUCUUUACAUACAGAUUUCCUUAAAUAUGGGCCUUUUUUCUCUUACACAUACAAUUCCCCGUACCCCAGACAAUCAGAAAAGGAAACCGACUUCAUACCUACUCACAGACAUGCUGAUGAGAUUCUUUCCAUGCAGGCACGUCACGAACCAGGGAGGGGGGAAAAGCAAUGCAAUACUAGCAGAGAUCACUCAGGUGUCGCCUCAAUUUUUACCAAAUUAAUCCUCCCACAUUUUACCAUUUAUCUGCUGGUGGAUGUCAGAAUAAGGGAUGGAUAGGGGUAAAUGUUGACUAUUCUCAGCUACUUGAUGGACUGACACCAAAAGGGUUGCUGUAACUUCCAGUCUAUCCACGCCAAGAGUUUUGGUUCACACUGAACAAAGCCCACUACCAUCUUCAUUGGCCCUGAGACUACCAACAGUGCAUUCUUCGCAACAAAGUUUGAUCUCACUCUGCAUCCACAUGGACGUUGAGAAUGUGACUAUCUUUACAAAACAAAUUUUUAAUACUUCACAGCCAAACAGAAUGUCCUACUCAUGUGUCUAUGUAUAGAAAAGCUGCUUGUGUAAAGGUGCCAGGAUCUUAAGAGUAUCACACACUGGAUUUGUAGCAAACAGAACUACUUCAACUACAUUACAAAGUAACGGUUGAUAACCAGUACAGUCAGUUUGACCUCUUUCCCGGCUGUAGCCUUUCAUACAGAGAAGCUAGUUAUGAUGUUCACUGCUAUUUCCUGUAUAAGAACUGUACCCUUUUGUUACUAUUACUAGUUAAGUGCAAAGCCAGCAAGGAUAAGGUAUUCAUGUUUGCAGUAAAAAUGUGGUAAAUGUA